GUUACUUCUGUCAGCAGGUAGGAGGAAGUCUUUCUCCGGCGAGCUAGCCGCCCAAAGUCAAAUAAGACCUUAAUAAGUAUAAAAUCUGUCAUUAAACACGGACUAUGGCAGCGAAUAGACCGUCACAGACGGAAGCUGGAGACAGCCCUGGACCAGACGACGAGGCCAGAAAAGCAGCAAUAGCAGCAGCCAAGCUGGCCAACCGCCUGCCUGAGAUUCGUCUGGUGGUGCUCGGCUGGAGGUGGCCGGGGAAGAGCCUGACGGGCAACACCAUCAUAGGCCGAGAGGAGUUUCGCUUGGAACGAGCCGCUGAAUUCUGUGUGAAGAGGGAGACGGAGGUGCUGGAGCGGCAGGUGAUUGUGGUGGACACUCCAGGCUGGUUCUCCACCCAGGAUACACCACCGUCCUACAAGCAGGAGUUAGUCAGAGGAGCCUCUCUUUGUCCUCCGGGUCCCCACGCCUUCCUGCUGGUCAUCCCCGUGGGCAUGUUCACAGAGGUGGACCGUGCUCGCAUCGAGGAGCAUGUGAGCCUCUUUGGGGAGCAAGUGUGGAAGCAAACGAUUGUGGUGUUCACCUGGGCCGAAGUGCUGAGGAACAUUUCCAUCGAGAGGUACAUUCGCAGGGAGGGCAAGGAGCUGCAGUGGGUGCUGGAGAAGUGCAAACGGAGGUAUUUUGUUAUUAAUAACUGCAUAUUCGGGGAGCACCCCCAAGUAGGACGCUUAUUGGAGAGGGUGGAGAAGAUGGUGGCAGAGGAAGGAGGAUACUACAACCCAGAGGAGGUGGAGAAGGAGAAGAAACCCCUGGAUAAGAACCAGAAUCCAGCCAGAGAGGUGCGGGAGCUCGGGGCACGGCCCAAACAGAACUCUGCGCUGAGUUUGUCCAAAGCCAUGGAGGUGGAGUCGCUUUCUAAUUAACCGGACAUUUUGGGCUGAUGGACCCUCUAAACCACGACUAACGGAGCCACACUGAACUGAUGGCGAAGCUGCUUAUUUGACAAGACAGAAAAGAGACGAGGGUAAUUAACUGAAAGGUUACUGAACGGACAAAUCAGAUUUAUUUUAUUUAUUUUUGAAUCCAAAAAAAAAAAAAUGUUAUUGUGUUUUAGUCGUGUAUGACGCAGUAUCUUCUCACUGUGACGAUAUGAGGGGCCUUUUUUUCCACACUGUCCAAAGAUUUAUACUCCCCUGUUUUAACAUGUGAUAAAUGACAUUAUGAAUUGUAGUUUGGGAAGUUGGUAUCGGGGUGAUGUGAUGGGAUGGACAUUUUUGAUUUAAUACUAAAAAAAAAAAAGAAACACAACCUGUUACAUACAGAAGGUAAACAUCAUUAUUUUAAACCCAAUGUGCACACUCCUGAGUCUUGGCGGACAGCAACGGCAGAACUGCACUACUAAAUUGUUCCUAUAAUAUUCUGUCAAUGACUGUUGAGGGAAUUGCUUUUUUUUUUCUUUCCUCGUUUGUUGUGACCAAACUGUAAAUGCUUUCCUCUUGCUUGCGAUGUUUAUGACACACUCGGUGUACAGUUAUAAAGCACUUGAGCGGUUAUUGAUUUUUUUUGUCUGUUGUCUCUAUAGUUGGCCUUGAAGCAGGGAUUAGAUGUUUAUGUCACUCUGUGGCAGAGGGACACAUUUGAGGCAGGGGUGCACUACCGUUUUCAUUAAAUCUGUGGUAAAUUCUGGUUCAAAGUCAGUACACAAGUGGUAGGGAGGUGAGUUACUUUACUUUUGUUGCCUACUUUCCUGCUGCUUUUCCUGUGGGCUCUACAGAAACAGUCUCCAUGAUAAAAGUGUUUCUGGCAGCUACCUCUACAGGACACGAGAGGAUCGAUUUUUUUUAAGGCGGCGCCGAAUGACGGGAGUCUAAGAUUUCAGUGCAGUAAAACCCAGAGAGGCUGUACACAAGGACCUUUGCAUUGUGUUGUCUUCCUUUUAUUAAACCACCCUUUGAACUACU